AUCGUGAAAAUCUCGCCGACCAUGGUUAUGAAGUACGGAGAUAGCGUACAUAUGAGCGAAGCCAAGACGCUGGAGUUCGUACGGCAUCACACAUCGAUUCCGGUACCGCGAGUCUACGCCGCGUACACACAUGGGCCAUUCGAGGAGCGAGAUGAGGAGUGGGCUUCAAAAUAUGAUACCUAUAUUUUUCUAGAUUUCGUGGAGGGUUAGACCUUAGAGAAGGAAUGGGGUAAUUUGGGCGACGACGAGAAGUCACGUGUAAUGCACGAGCUUCAAGGUUACUUGGAACAGUUGCGAGCUGUGCCGGGAAGUAAUUAUAUAGGAUCUCUCAACAACGGCCCGGUAAUAGAUGUUAUUCUCGAUCCUUUUCCAUCCGAAGGCGACUUUAACGCUACCCUUAUCGAUGCCUAUUGUACUAUCCACAAAGGCCACAUAAAGCCUUAUAUAACGGGCAUGCUAGCUACACACAAACACAAGAUUGUCUUCACACAUGCGGAUUUCCGGCCAGAUAAUAUUAUAAUAAAGGAUGGCCACGUAACGGGGAUUAUUGAUUGGGAAAUGGCAGGAUGGUAUCCAGAGCACUGGGAAUUCGUAAAGGCGUUCUAUAUUUGUGACUGGCAGAAUGAUUGGGGGACGCGACUACUUGGGGCAAUGAAGCCGUAUUAUUGCGAGCAACUUGUUCAUGCACGAUUGACCCAAAUCUUGUUCUAGUCGAACUUGGAAAAAUAGAUUGGCAUUGGGUAGAGCAUCCUCAGGUGAGCUGCUCAGGUGAGUUGCUCAGGGUGCUCAGGGUGCUCAGGGUGCUCGGGGGAGUUGCUCAGGUUGCUCAUGCAGCUCAGGUGAGUUGACUGAGCCGAGGGUGAUUAGCGCCUGAGCAAGAGCGGCAAGCUUAAUAACCGAAAGCAAAGUGCGAGAGAGAGAAAAUUAAUCAACAAUACCUUUGGAGUCUAGCGCUUUCGCUACAACAGCCUACUAACAAUUGCCUCAACUUUUGCCUUUGUUUUCCACCCCAUUUGAUUUCCUCGACUCAAUUUGGAACAUCCGAGUCCCAAUUGGCAAAAGUAUCUUAGCAGAGCACUAUAAUCUGAGAAAAGGGUGUGGAAUUUCCACAGCCUGGACAGCCUCAAAA